GGUGACUCAGCUUUGAACGGCCUGAUUUUCCGACGCUGAACGCAACACUACUACGUCAUCUCCUCCUGGUGGCUUCUCUCCGGCGAGGCACGCGGGCCACGAAGCAAAGCAUGAACAUCGCCAGACAGCUCCUCUUCAGGCUUCCAAGUUCAGUGCAUCUGAAAAGCAGGAGAGGCUUCGGUACUUGCCAUCAAAUCAUGUCACGACACACUCACACCAAAAGAAUUGAGGGGCUGGACAAGAAUGUUUGGGUGGCCUUCACAUCAGUGGCAGCAGACCCAUCCAUAGUAAACCUGGGCCAAGGUUAUCCAGACGUCCCCCCACCUUCCUACAUCAAGGAGGCAUUGGCUAAGGCUGCAUCGGUCGACAAGUUGAACCAAUACACCCGAGGCUUUGGUCAUCCGUCAUUGGUGAAGGCUCUCUCCCAGGUGUACGGGAAGGUUUAUGGCCGUGCCAUUGACCCCUUUAAAGAAAUUCUGGUUACCGUCGGAGGUUAUGGGUCACUGUUUAGCACCAUGCAAGGUCUUGUCGAUGAGGGAGAUGAAGUGAUCAUAAUCGAGCCUUUUUUUGACUGCUAUGUCCCAAUGGUGCGGAUGGCUGGAGCCAAACCUGUGUUGAUACCGCUGAGACCAAAAUCUGGACAGAAAACAGUCACAAGUGCCGACUGGAUUCUUGAUCCUGAUGAGCUUGCAAGUAAAUUCACUUCAAAAACUAAGGCCAUCCUGAUCAACACCCCCAAUAACCCGAUUGGCAAAGUCUUCACACGGGACGAGUUGCAGGUGAUUGCUGACCUCUGUAUCAAACACGACACCCUGUGCUUCAGCGAUGAGGUGUAUGAAUGGAUGACCUACAAAGGACAGCAGCAUGUCAAGAUUGCCACGCUUCCUGGAAUGUGGGACAGAACAGUGACUGUCGGCAGUGCAGGGAAAACCUUCAGCGUGACUGGAUGGAAGCUUGGUUGGUCAGUUGGACCAGAGCACUUGAUAAAGCACCUGCAGACAGUCAUGCAGAACACUCUGUACACCUGCCCGACACCGCUACAGGAGGCAGUUGCUCAAGGUUUGCUCCGAGACUUUGCCCUGAUGGGUCAGCCGGACUGCUACUUCACCUCUCUGGCGGAGGAACUGGAAGGGAAGAGAGACCGCAUGGCUGCUAUCUUAAAGGAGGCUGGCAUGUCACCCGUGAUCCCAGACGGCGGUUACUUCAUGAUUGUGGAUGUCACGGCUCUAAACCAGGACUUGUCACACAUGGAGGACGAAGCCUACGACUACAAGUUUGUUAAAUGGAUGAUCAAAGAAAAGAAACUCGCAACAAUCCCAGUCACAGCAUUUGUUGGAGACGAGUCCAAGAAAGAUUUUGAGAAGUACAUUCGAUUUUGCUUCAUCAAGCAAGACAGCACACUGGAUGCCGCAGAAAAGAUCCUGAAAGAAUGGAAUAAAGUCUGAGAGGUUGUGAGCGUGAUGAAGAAGAGGCGAGCCACUGGAGUACGGAAAGCCAGAAUCAGAAUCGAUUAGAAAUAGAGACAUUAGGGAAAUAUAUUUUGAAAUACGUUGAGCUGGUGGGUCAUUGAACGACUGGAAGCUGGAUCAUUGCGAGGACUAAUGUUGUCUAGCUUCUUUCUGCUGCAUGUGUACGUUGAAGAUUUUGUGUUUUUGAAAGUGAACUGCGAACAGAGUGCACAAAUGCUGUGAACUAUAUAUGCGCUCACAUCCUGUCAAGAGAAGCGCCCACCCCUCCGACAAUAUGAUUGGUUAAAGCAAAUAAAUACGAUAUAUAUAUAUAUUUUCUUAUUUCUAUUCUCAUUUAUGUUUGUAUUUAUUUCCGUAUAGCCACAUAAAUGAAUUGAUUUUUGUAAAUUUCAACGUAUUUGAAGAUAUAUUUCCUUGUAAUGUCUCUAUUUUCUGGCAUUUCAUAUUGGAGAAACUGGAACCUUUUGUUUUAUUACUACUGUUUUAUUUGUUAUUAUUUUGCGCUCAUUAUUCCAUCUCAGUUUGCAUUUAUAUCGAUAGAAUUUUGUUUUCGAAUCAUAUAAACAAUAUUGUUUUAGAAAUGAAUGUCACGAAAAACUUUUAAACUAUUAGAAAAGGAAAUUAUUAGAAUUUUGAUGAAUGUAUCAUUUGCAGUUACUGUGUAUCUGCAUCAGUCACUCAAGAGGUCAUUACUUCAACUUUUCCACUUCAACCUGUGCCUCUUAUGCAAAUGUUUCUUCUCUGGUCAGAGGAACGCAACACUGGCAGUGCAGUCCAUUUUUGAUCAUGUUUAACCUAGGUACUAUUUUGACUCCACAUUCUCAACAUUAACCUCCACAUGCAGAGGCAGACCCUGUCGUUCAAUUCCUUCAGCCUGUACAGCAGUCCACUUUCUCCUUUUGUCCACAUGGUGGUGCAAAAGCCGUCCAAAGCCACCAGACAAGUCAUUUUCCAUUCCAAAGUGUAUUGUUUUCUUGUUUAUCACUGGAUGUGACGCCUAUUCCAGGCUACAAUUGACUGCUGCCGUUGAUGUGCUGUGAUCUCUAAACUGUUUCAUUUGCUCUCUGCUCUGCAGCAAUACCAGUGCUAGUUGUUCCUUUUAAAAAUUUCACUUUACUCCAGGACUCAAACAUGUAUGGUACUUCUGUUUAUUUAAAAAAUGUUACUACUGAAUAAUGUUUAUUACAUUUGUAUGACUUUUUUAAAUUAAUAGUUAAUACAAUACUUCUUUGUUUUUAAUAAAAUGUUUGUUGGAUUUUU